AGGGGAUUGUUGGGGAGUUAGGAAACAUGUAUAAAAAGAGGGGGAGAGAGUAAAAGAACAGAAAGUAAGAGAUUUCAAAAGRGAUAAAUGACUAUCGACUAUCAGAUGCCAUGUCCACCCACAGGGAUCCUCCACCUCCCCUCAUAAUCCUCACACUGGCCUUUCUCAAUGGCUACUCCUCCUUCGCUGCACCCUCUGACGUCUCAGGGACCAACCACACAGCCACCCUUCAUCUAAGGCCACACGGACGCAUGUACGAAAUGUUGGAGCUCUACUCAAAUGAUGACUACGACCUGAAUUGGGACACCACUCCACCCCCGCCUACUCCCUCACGGGGCACCAAUCCUCAGUCCUGUGACUACAACCCUUGCCGGGAGCUACAGACCCCCUGUGCCCAGCUGGCAGCCUCCAGCGGCUGCCUGUGUCCAGGGGUGAGUGGGCCCCACGUGGCCCCAGAGCCUCCAGACCUUAAGAGACUGUCUAUGGAAGGGCCAGCGGUGGUUGUUCAGUGGUGUGCACCAUCGUCUGUUGUGACCCGUUAUGAGGUGGUGGUGGGUACCCUGGAGCCCCUGGUGUUUGGGGAGGACCAGAGGAGUGGUGUUGUGCGGGGGMUGGGGCAGGGGGUGGAGGUGUGUGUGGUGGCGGUGAAUGACGCAGGAGUCAGCGAGCGUCAGAGGCGGUCCUGUACGAUGUACGAGCCCCCUGGAGACAGCAGUCUGGCCCUCAAAGCUGGGCUGAUUGGAGGGGCCCUGGGGCUCCUGCUGCUCCUCUCACUGGCUGUCCUGCUUUGGAGGCACAGGGCUCGGAGAAAAGCAGAUGCCAGGAUCACCCAGGCCACGGAGGAAACACUUUGAAAGUACUGAGGGAAGGCUAUGGAAGAGGCUAACUCAAGAGUUGUCCAGAACUGAGGCAUAUUUUACCAUAAGAGACUGAUUACGCAGUCUGUCUGUCUGUCUGUCUGUGUGUGUGUGUGUGUGUACACGUACUGAACAGGAUGCUGAAUAGGCCUGUGCUCACCGAAAGGCAGGAGGCACUCAGUCAGUCAGGUGAUAUGAAACAGCUUCCUGUCUUCUAUACACAUCUCAAUUCAAACAAUGACUCAUCUCCCUUUGCUGACUUCACCUGCAUGCACAGUCCAGAUAAAAUGCUAAAGCAAAUACAUUCAAAAUUAAACAAGAUGCAGGUUACAUAACAUAAAAUAAUAAAUAAAAAUAUUAAAACAAUGAUUUAA